UGUUAUUAUAUUUUUGUAUCAGGUUUUUGUUAUCAGGUCAAUAAAUGAAUUAUUAUUAUUAUUAUCCAUAAUAUAACGACCAGUAAUAAGUUAAUAACUCAUGAUCAAUAAAUUCAUUGACAACGAAUAAAGUUGGUUGGACAAUUGACAAAAAUUAAUCAAAAUAGUAUUAACGAAUGUCAAAAUAUAAAUUAAUUAAUUACAAUAAAAAAUGGGUAACUGUUUGUUUAACGCAGAUCAUGGUUAUUUAGAUGGUUUAUGUCGCGGUUUAAAAAAUGGAAUUUUAAAACGUGCCGAUUACAACAACUUAAUCCAAUGUGAAACCAUCGACGAUUUAAAAAUUCACCUUCAAGGUACGGAUUACGGAAAUUUUCUGGCUAAUGAGCCAUCACCCAUAGCCGUAUCGACGUUGGAUCAAAAACUACGUGAAAGACUCGCGAUUGAAUUUCACCACUUAAGAAGUCAUUCAGUUCAACCUUUAUCACAUUUUUUAGACUUUAUAACCUACGGUUAUAUGAUAGAUAACAUUGUUUUAUUGAUAACGGGAACUUUACAUCAAAGACACAUCUCUGAGUUAAUCCCGAAAUGUCAUCCUUUGGGUGGUUUUGAGCAAAUGGAAGCUAUUCAUGUCGCAACAACUCCCGCUGAAUUAUACAACGCGGUUCUUGUUGAUACACCGUUAGGACCGUUUUUUGUUGAUUGCAUAACAGAACAUGAUAUGGAUGAAAUGAACGUUGAAAUAAUUCGGAAUACUUUAUACAAAGCGUAUUUAGAAGCAUUUUAUAAACUUUGUAAGGAUAUUGGUGGAAUAACCGCUGAUUGCAUGUGCGAAAUUUUAGCUUUCGAAGCUGAUAGAAGAUCGAUUAUCAUAACUAUAAACUCGUUUGGAACUGAGCUAAGUAAAGAUGAUCGUGCCAAGUUAUAUCCGAGAUGUGGAAAAAUGAAUCCCGAUGGUUUAAACGAAUUAAUUAAAGCUGAAGAUUACGAACAAGUUAAAGCAAUCGCCCAAUUUUACAAUGAAUACGAUCAUAUUUUUGAGGGAACAGGAAAUAAUUUGGGCGAUAAAACACUUGAAGAUAACUUUUUCGAACACGAAGUUCGAUUACAUUUAUGCUGUUUUAUGAGACAAUUUCAUUUUGGCGUUUUUUACUCCUACGUUAAACUUAAAGAGCAAGAAUGUCGUAAUAUCGUUUGGAUUGCUGAAUGUAUAGCUCAAAAACACAGAUCAACUAUUGAACAUUAUAUUCCUAUACUUUAAUUAAUACGAUUUCUCCCUCCUCGUAUAA